AUCAGUUCUCGCACUCGCCAUUAGGCUCCCGUUGAGUGAUGUGGUUCAGAAGUGUGUUCAAUAGUGAGAAGUUAGGGGCUGCUACCCUUCUAGCAGCCCUUUGCUGGAGUGUGGCGCUGCAAAGGACCUCCGCACAACAGCGGCAUCCUCGCGUGUGCACCGACGAUGGUUGCCUGUUGGGGAUCUCUAUGACGGAUGUGAACGAUCAUCGUUUCGAUGCGUUCCUGGGUGUUCCGUUUGCCAAACCACCCGUAGGUGAGCUACGGUUCAAGAAUCCGUUGCCUGUGGAGCCGCUGAUCGGUGAUUAUAAUGCCACGGAAAGUGGGCCCGCCUGUUUGCAGCGAUCCGAGCUCGAUCCGGAUCAUUCCAUAAUCGGUAGCGAGGAUUGUCUCUAUCUCAACGUCUAUCGGCCGAAGCGAGACGGCUCGGAUUUGCUGCCGGUCAUGGUGUACAUACACGGUGGCGGUUACUUCUAUGGUUCAGCCGAUCCACAGCUUUUCGGUCCGGAGCGCAUACUGGCCACGCAACGGGUGCUACUCGUCACGAUCCAGUAUCGGCUCGGUGUGUUUGGUUUCCUAUCGACCGGGGACACCGUUGUUCCCGGCAAUGCUGGAAUGCACGACCAGGUGCUGGCGUUGAAGUGGGUGCAGCGGCAUAUCCGCCCGUUCGGUGGCAACCCGGACCAGGUGACGAUCUUCGGAGAAAGCGCUGGUGGAGCCUCGGUACAGUUUCACAUGAUCAGUCCCCUCAGCCGAUCGUUGUUCCACAAAGCGAUCAUCAUGAGUGGCAGUGCGCUUGCCGCAUGGUCGCUACCGAUAGACGAUCCGUUGGCAUUGGCACGCCGACAGGCCAAGCUGCUCGGAAUAACAGAGGCGGAUGAGCUAACCUCGACCGAGUUGGUGGACGUUUUGCGGUACAUUGACGGUAACGUACUGGUCGCCAGUGCGCCUCACCUACGCACCUGGUUCGAGCAUCCGAUCAUACUCUAUCGGCCCGUCAUCGAGCACAAGUCAGUACCGGAAGCGGAACGCUUUCUACCGGACGAUCCUCGAAGGCUCUGGACCGAAGGUUAUCUGGUGGAUGUUCCGUUGCUGAUUGGUACCGUUCCGGAAGAUGGUGCCGUGGUCAGCUUGCCCAUUCUGCACAACGCUACAGCACUGCAAGAGUUGAACGAAAAUUUUGCCAACCUUUUGCCAACGUUGCUGGCCGUUAAUGGUACCCCGGAAGUCGUAAAUCAAAUUAAGGAUCGUUACUUCAAAGGUUCUACGCCGUCACAGUUGAUCACGGCGGAAAAUUCACGAGAACUUACGAAACUGUUUACUGACGCAUUUCUCAAGUAUCCCGUCUACUUGUCGCAGCUGGAGUACAUCAACGCGACCAGCCGCGAGCAGACAACGCAAUACUCGUUCGAGUUUGUUGGGCGUCACUCGUUCUCGUCGUUGUACAUUCAGUCGAACGAGAGCCACGGAGUGGUGCAUCAGGAUGAGCUUAUCUACCUUUUCCGAAUGCCGGAGCUUUUUAAUGACUUUCCCGACGGCUCCGCCGAGGCUAAAAUGUCCAGCCUGUGGACGGACUUUUUUGUUUCUUUCGCUUCGACGAGUCAACCCAUCGAGCGUGUAGAAAAGGUUACAUUCAAAAAUGCGGCUUCAGACGACAGUUCUACCCUGAUCUCCCGCGAUGCUGCGCUUGAUGCUGAAAUGUUGGAUGUGAUUUUAUUCUGGGAUGAGAUCUACAAUUCCUCUUAUAUCGCCUAUCAUUGAAUGUUCUAUCGAGCACACUCCUUAGAAAGCAUUACGAAUAAAAGACGUACAAUUUACA